CGUGGACGACCUCGCAACCUUUUCAGUGCCUUCAUCCCGCACUGCGGGGCCCUGCCCCCGCCAAGAAUUUUAUUGUUAUUUUUUUUUAACUCACAAUUACCCAGGCCUUCAGAACGCCUUUUUUUUGUCGAAGUGGGGAGUUAGCGAAGUAGUGCGAAAAGACUCCGAGUGCGAGGCGAAGAUGGAGGAAGGCGCCCAGGCCCCGGACUGGGACAGUGAUGAAACCAUGAUAGAGGGGUCAGUGAUGGAUAGCGACCUGGAAGACGAGGAGCUGCCCUGGAGAAGGUUACUCUUUGAUCAAGACAUGUCUCUGAAAUCUGAAUCCAGUCUCCAUCCUGGUAUGAGUGGAAUGUGCAAAGGCAUGCCUUCUCCUGAGAUUCAACUUGGGUUUAAACUCAGAGAGCAUCCACAAGAGCAAAUGAAUACCAGUAAGAUGAUGCCUGCUCUUAGUGAGGAUACAGUCUUACAGCAAUCUCAAGAUGAAAUGGAACAAAAUCAAGCCCUGUUACAAACAAAGUGUCCAAUGUUUACUGUGUCAGUUCCACAGACUGGACUUUCACUGAGCCACCAAAACAUUCAAGGGCCCGAGGCUGAAAAUACUGGAGUUUUGCCACACACAAAAAAGGCUUUAAGUGAAGAUAGAGACUCUCCUGAAAUUAGCCUUCUCUCAGGUACUGCUAUUACAGUGUCUGGUAUGGUUUCUGUGAAAGAGAAAUCAUUAACUGAGCCAGAGAAGAUAGCAGCACAAAAUACAUUUUCUGAGCCUGGAAAGAAAGUCACAUUGAUCAUGACUUCUGAAGAUACCAAAGAUGAAGAAAGCUCUGUUGAAACUUUUGUAUCUGCCUUAGAAAGGUUACGAACAUCACCAGAAAGCACCCAGGAGGAAAGAUCAUUUCAACUAAUGAAUGAUUUUGAACCUAGCGAGUUGGUGAACCCGUUGAGUGACUCUCUGAGUUCCACACAAACCUCCUUGAAUGACUUGUGGGCAUGUCACAGAGAUGUACUGGAAAACACAGAGGAUGAUGCAUUGCCAGUUGAGUUGGUAGCAGCCCUGAACACAUUGUCAGAAGCCAUGGUGGGACCAGUUUGUCACAUAAAAGAGGGAGGCAGCAGUCCCAGUGCUAGAAAUGAAUGUCUAGGUGUGGAGCCCAAUGUGUCUCAGACUAAUGAAGAUUGUACACAGAUGGCAGAGAUGAAUCUUGAGUCUUUUUGUUCUAUGCCACCAUUUGAACAAUAUUCCAAGUCAGCUGAGCUGCAGGACGGAGAUCUAUCAGUGCAACAAACUCCAGAAGGCCCAGAUCCAUUUGGAUUGCAAACUUUGGCUCAUCAAAAUGCCACCUCUUGCAAUCAACUAAAUAAUAAGGGGGAUUCAAAUCCAGUGGAAAAUAUCCCUGAUCAAGAAACUCCAUGUGUGUUAAGGAGAUCAUCGAGACUGAAAAAAAUGAAAGUAGACAAAGCUGGAAAGCAUACAGAUGAUGUGUGUAAGAUUCCAGAAAAAAUUUUACCAAAAAUACUUAGCUGUGAGCGUCAAACAAAUAGCAGAUCUUUAACUAAGGAUUCCAGCAUGCAGGAUUCUGCUUUAAUGACUAAAGGUGAAGGGAAGAAUGUGCAUUCAUUUAGACUCAAGAGUGGAGAACAGAUCAGGAAAAACAAAAAAUUUGCAGCAAAAAAUGAAAAAAUGAAGAUGAAUAAGAUGUCUCUUUCUAGUAUUAACCGGAAAAACAUUUUUGGAGAGAACUUACUGUACAGGGCUGCUCUGCAAAAUGAUGUUGAUCUUGUUCAUCAUUGUAUAAAAAAAGGUGGAAAUGUAAAUCAGCCAAGUUACGCUGGUUGGACGGCACUUCAUGAAGCUAGUGCAGGAGGAUUUUAUCGGAUUGCAAGUGAACUAUUAAAAGGUGGAGCAGAUGUAAAUAUCAAAGGAAGGUACCAGAUCACCCCCCUACAUGAUGCUGUGAUGAGUGGACAUUAUAAGGUGGCGGAGUUACUUCUCUUGAGUGGAGCUGAUCCAUUACUUAGAAGUGACAGUGGAAAGUGUGCUUUGGAUGAAGCCAAGCAUUUGUGUAUGAAGCGUCUCCUUGAGAGAUAUGUUCCUAAACAUCAAAAACGUCUUAUAUGGGCUCCAAGGAAUAGCACUGACCCAAUAGAUGUAGAGGAUACACACCAGCACAAGAAACCAAAAUUUAGUUCUAAAAAUUGCGUUGCGUUUGUUAAUGACGAAGAUUCCAACAGACUGAAUCAAGAACAUGUAAAAGUCGAUAAAGGAAGCAAAGAGGGUUUAUAUAUAAAUAAAGAAGAUAUAUAUGAAUAUUACCAAAAAGAUUCCAAAAACACAAAAUUUGGUAAAUCCAAGCAAAAGCUAUUAACUCUUGACCAAAUACACUCUAAAGGAUUCAGAAAAGACAAUCUACAUAAUGUCAGAGAUCCCAGCACAAAUGUGUCUAAUGAUAAAGGAAGAAACACACAACAUAAGAAGACUCACAUGGAUGAUGGAGACUGCAGUCCAAGAAAGACGGUAGCUGUCACUUCUUCCAGAAGAAUAAACAGGUUGGUUCCACAUCAGCAGCAUAUUCUCGAAACCCUUGAUGGCCUUCCAGAAGAGUCAUGUAAACCUUCCAGCCCAACUCUCUCAAGCCUGACAAAUGACUUAGGUAAAAGUAUCAAGGCUUGUUCGAUUUCCAAAGAAGCACAUACUCAGAGCUUAGAUUUAUCAGAUAAUCAAGAAGUACAAUUCUUGGAAUUAGAAUCUGUUGACCAAACUGAAGUUUGUUUCUCAGGACUUUCUUUACAUAAAGAAAUCAAGUUACCACUCGUUCCUACAGACCAGCCCACUCACACUGACAAAAAACAGCACAUAAGCCCUUAUAAAUUUCAUGAAAAUAGUAACUCAGGUCAAAAAGAUGAGAACCUUAAUAAGUGGGAAAAUUCUAUCCCAUUUGUUGUAAAGGGAAAUAUUAAUGAUGAUGGUGGUGGUGGUGACUGCUGUACUGAGAAGACUGUGACAUCUGAAGAGGCUAUGUGUUCUGCAGAUUGCAAAAUCCACUAUAAUUGUGAAGAGAAUAUAACAAAUAGAGAAGAAAUAUAUUUUCAACAGUCUUUACCUUCUGAGCACCAUUUUUCACAGGAAAAUGCAUUAAAAGCAGGCAGCCUAACCAUACUUCCACAACAGGAAGCUGUUACUUUUUCUGAUUCAGAUAAUACAGUCAUUUCUGAACAACAUGUUGCAAAUUACGAACAGUAUACGUAUGGAAUUUCUUAUGAUCACUCACCUGGCAAUCCUGACCAAACUCCCCUGGCUGGUACAAGAACACUUUCAACACAUGAACCUUCAGAGUUGACUAGUCAUGUGGAACUAUUCAAAAGGCCUCCGGAUUAUAGCCCCAGAGCACCAACUCCUUUAAUGAAUCAAACAAAUACACGUACUGUGGAAAAGGUGAAUGAGCAACAAGACAUUAAAAGGAAUUACACUGACAGAGAUCACAAAGCAAGUUAUUCAAAUGGGCCUUUAUCCACAAUUGCUUGUUCUCAAGUAAUAGAGACAACUAAAAUUGAAAAAAGGAGACAAGACCUUUCAGAGAGCAAGACCAUACGUAACGUAGAUUUUCAUUCCACUGGCAAUAUGAAUAAAGAAUUGAUCAAUAACUCACAACUUAAUCAAAGAGGAGAGAAGAAAAUUUCUCCCAAGCCAGGUGAGAUAUUAACUAAUAAUGGAGAGGAAGGCACUAUAAGAAAUUGUGAGGAGAAAAAACAAAAAUCAGAUUCAGAAAUUCACAUGCCUAUUACUAUCCAAGUUCAGAAUUGGAAGAACAGACAAAAUUUGUUGAAAGCUACCUGCAGUCAAUGUUGGACACCACUUCAUGAGGCAUCUAGUGAGGGAUCGAAUGAUAUAACUGUAGAGUUAUUAAAAGCUGGUGCUAAUGUCAACAGUGAAAAUCUAGAUGGAAUUCUGCCCUUACAUGAUGCUGUUACAAACAAUCAUCUAAAGGCAGUUGAGAUUCUAUUACAACAUGGAGCAAACCCUAAUCAAAAAGAUCCAAAAAAGAAGACUGCUUUGGAUGAAGCAGAUGAUGAAAAAAUGAAAGAGCUGCUAAAAUCUUAUGGUGCUGUUGAGACUGGUAAUAGAGAUGAGAGUAAUAUUGUAAAAAGUCCUGCUGUCCGGUCAAAAAGACAUAAGCAGUGUAUUUGUGAUGACUGCAAAACUGAUGAUCCACCUUCCCUUUCACACCAAGAAAAAACAAGAGAAAGCCUUUCUAUGCAUCAGACCAUCAACGCCAUUUUACAAGAUAUAGAAGAAAAACAAGAAAGGUUAUUAGCAUUUGAAAUAAGAACCCCUGAAGAUGCAGAACAAUACAUUGAGAAGAUGUUACAGAUCAAAGAGGUGAUGGAUAGUGUGCUUGCCAAGCAGAAGGCAGAAAGGGAUGAUCUAGCUAAGAAAUACAGGGUGUCUAUAGAGUCAUUUAAGCAUGGAGCUCUGAGAGAACAACUGGCUAACUUGGCCACAAGACAAAAGAGUCUUUUAGUUGUGGCAAAAAAACAGAGAAGUAUAAGCCUGAAAAUUCAAAACUAUAAGAAUGUCACAUCAUUGUCUGGACUUAGCUUGAGGAAGCUGCCAUCUAGCCCAGAGAUCUCUAAUGAAGAGGACAGCCAGAAGCUUACCAGUCUGGAAAAAUCAGUACAGCCCCUGUCAGGUUCACUUUCCCCUGCCAACCUUGUUUCUGGAAACAUGCAGGAAGCACAGUUGCCUCUGGAAACUUGUGUUACAGUUGAGAACGACAGCCAGAAUACCAGUAUUGGCCAAAAUUCAGAGACAGUGAGAAGGGAAGAAUUUUCUGGAAAUAAGCAGAAUUCGAAACAGAAUGUCAGUGACUAUACCUUGGAUGGGUUAUCAAAAUCCAGUCAUUUAGAUGGCACUGAGAAGAUUAAAUUACCAUCACAACCUAUUGCUUUUAUUGCGCAAGUAGAUUAUUCACAAAAAGAAAACGAUUUUAUAAAAACUACAGCCAAAGGGUAUGAAUCCUGCCACCCUCCCACAGUUACUGGUGCCUUAAAUAUUUCAGAAAUCACAAGUGUACUUGCCCAAAAGGAUGCCCAUCUAUCAGCUGUUAUUUGUGAUCAAGCCCUUUCCAAUUAUGAUCCAAAAACAAGAAACAAGAAAACAGCUUCCCAGCAACCACCUAGGGCAGCAUCAGAGUCUCCUGCACAUCAGAGAAUUACCGCCUUAGACAGUGAUACGAUGCAUCAGAUGAAACCAUAUCUUAAAAAAUCAGCUUCUGCUGUUCCAUGUGCAAAUGACAGUCAGAUCACCACCUCUGGGUCUGGCCGUCAACAUACUAUGAAAAAGCCUUUAAACUACAGCACAGCUCCUAAAAAGAAAUGUAUACAAAUAAAGGAUCUAAUAUUACUAGGAAGAAUUAAUCCCGGAAAUAACAUUCUGGAAUUCAAAACACAGGAGACUACCCACAAAGCCAGUAUUUUAUCAAGUGGUAAAAUUAAGGUAGAGAAUGGUCAGAUUUAUCAAACCCCAGUCACCUGGCUCAAAGAUCUCCUAGGAGGCGACUGUUCUGUGACCUGGAAUUAUGCUUGGAGUAAGGUAACAUACCUUGGGAAAGAGCUUUCAAAGUAUGUUUCUGAAGAAGUACCUGUGCCUCCAGAACCAAACUUGGUACUGCAGCAAUGUCAGCCUUCUCUUCUAGAUCGCAAGGAGGCCUCUCAGCCCCAAGAUCAGCCAGUACUGGUUUAUAACUUUGUCUCCGGCCUGGAAAAUGGAGUGAGUGAAGACUGUCUUGGAACUUGCAGAGAGCCAGUGCAGAGUAACCCACAUUAUCUACAAAUAAACGAAAUACUAUUAAUCAGCGAUCAAGAAUUUCUCCCAUGCCAUAUAAUGGAUCAGCAUUGGAAGUUCUAUGCAGAGUGUGAGGAACUAAUGUUCUAAAGCCCUGUUUUCUUAGUUAUAUAUUAGGUAUUUUUUCAUAUUACUAACAUUUCAUAUUUUGUCUUGUGUGGUCUCGUGUGCCUGUUUUAACACACACUUCAUCGGUUGCCACUUAAGAUUUUUACUAUUGCAAGAAAAAUAUAACUCUUCAACCUAUUGUAGUAAGAUUAAUACUUUUUUGCCAUUGAAAUAAAAGCAUUUUUGAACUAGACCAAUUGACUCUCCGGCUUUCUUUUUACUAACAUACACUUAAAACUAACCUUUCAGUCAACAUCUCUGCCUUUGUAUAAGUAGCAGUUAUUUCUUAAUGGAAGCGAAGAUACAAAUAAAAGGCCCAGAUAAGGUGAAUCUACUUAAAACAAAAAUUUAAAGUCCCAAUACCUUCUCCCAAUUUAUUUCAAAAUGUGUCUUGAAAUCAAAAUGUAAAAUGAUGAAACAGGUUUAAGUUUCAUAAAAUUUAGUUCAUAUAGAAUUUUAAAUGUCUUAAGUCUUAGAACGAAGAAUGAAUAUAGUGUUGAUUU